CUUUGAAAGCAAACUUCUUCAGUUCGGCCUGCUGUCCUUUUCUACAUACCUUAAUACCAACUUUUUAUCACAGUGGUUUAAUUAUUUUUUUUUUCCGUUUUUAUAUUUGUCUCAGCAUCUCCGACUGAACUUGAACUUCAAUCAUGGCUGAGUGGACAGAAUGCAUGAACUUCGGUAUCUCCGUCGCCAAACAAGCAAGCCAGGUGGUGCUGGAUGCCUUUAAGAAGGACAAAGAGGUGAUGUUGAAGAGCUCUCCAGCUGACCUGGUGACGGAGACCGACCAGCGGGUGGAGAAGAUCCUCAUCAGCGCCAUCAAGGAGAAAUACCCCACACACAAGUUCAUCGGGGAGGAGUCUGUUGCCGCCGGCGAUCGCGUGGAGCUCACCAAGGCCCCCACCUGGAUCAUUGACCCUAUCGACGGAACCGUCAACUUUGUCCACAGGUUCCCCUUUGUGGCUAUAUCCAUCGCCUUCGCCGUCAACCAGCAGACGGAGUUUGGCAUUGUGUACAGCCUUGUAGAAGACAAGAUGUACUGCGCCCAGAAGGGGAAGGGAGCCUUCCUCAAUGGUGUCCCCCUCCUCACCUCCGGACAAGAGGACGUCAACCAGUGUCUGGUGGUGACAGAGAUCGGGGCUGAGCGAGAUGACCUGGCUCUGUACACCAUGACCUCCAACAUCAUGAGGCUGCUCAAGCUCCCCGUCCACGGCGUGCGGGCGGUGGGCACGGCGGCGGUGGACAUGUGCCUGAUCGCCACCGGCGGGGCUGACGUCUACUACCACAUCGGCAUGCACUGCUGGGACAUCGCCGCGUCCGCCAUCAUAGUCCAGGAGGCCGGGGGCGUGGUCAUAGACACUGACGGUUCAGAGUUUGACAUGAUGUCAAGGAAGGUUAUUGCAGCCAGUUCCUUGGCGGUAGCCAAUCGGAUCGCAGAGGUGGUGCAGGCUUUCCCCUGUCGCCGUGACGACGUGGACCCUUCAAUGUGUAUAUGUGGAGCCAGCAGCUGUUAGACUGCAUUCUUCUAUAGUCUAGUCACUCUAGUACCUGCUGCUACAGCAGUGAAAACACUACAUUAAGAUAAAUGUGAAAGAUGUCUUAAAGUAGGAGACAUUCCAAAGCGAAGGUUUUAAGAGAAAGAAAGUGAACGUUUCGUUUUUUUUUUUUUAUAUAUGGAUUAUAUUUGGUUGGGUUGGUUGUGUUUUAAGGCUUUAUAUGAAAUAAAUUAAAACACUUCGAUUUCAAAACAA